UUUCCCUCAAUAUUCAAAUAUUCUCCCGCCGAUCUAAACAUACAUACAUACACCAUUUGCCACCUUAAUAUUGCGAAUAGUAAAUCACAAUUAAUGAUGAUGUGCAAAGCUCAAGCAUCCUUGCUACAAAUACCCAUGAAGUUAUCUUUGAUCCGGCGCCGUCCACAAAAGGAAAAAGUUGUGGUGGUGAUGGGUGCCACCGGUACGGGAAAAUCAAGAUUAGCCAUCCAUCUUGCUACCCGAAACAACGGUGAGAUCAUAAACUCGGACAAAAUGCAAGUUUAUGAAGGUUUAGACAUUGCUACCAACAAAGUAACCGAUGAAGAAUGUGAAGGUGUACCUCAUCACCUUAUUGGGAUCGUGGAUCCUAAUGCUGAUUUCACGGCCAGUGAUUUCAUUAGAACUUCAUCACUGGCCAUGAAAUCUAUUGUUGGUAGAGGAAAACUCCCUAUUAUCGCCGGUGGGUCGAAUUCUUUCAUUGAAGCAUUAAUUGAUGAUAAGAAUUAUGAGUUUAGAUCAAGGUACGAUGUUUGUUUCGUAUGGGUUGAUGUUGCAAUGCCGGUUUUACAACAAUUUGUUUCGGGACGUGUUGACAAAAUGGUUGACGCAGGGUUAGUGGAAGAAGUGAGAAAAUUUUUUAACCCUAACUCGGAUUACUCCAAAGGAAUACGACGAUCCAUUGGAGUACCUGAGUUCGAUUCUUUUUUCCAUUCGGAAUACUCAUCUUCCAGUGAUGAAAAAACUCGUGCCAGAUUACUAGAAUCCGCUAUUAAUAAAGUAAAGAUCAACACAUACAAACUUGCAUGUAAACAAGUACAAAAAAUUCGUCGGUUGCAAAACGUUAAAGGGUGGAAAAUUCACCGGAUAGACGCAACUAAAGUCUUUCAACAAAAAGAACAAAACACUGAUGAUGCAUGGGCUAAGCUUGUGGCGGCACCCAGUGCCGCCAUCAUCAAUGACUUCAUUUGCAAUAACUCUUCGGAUUUUACUUCCGCAACACUUGAUGUUCACGGCAUGAUGUUUGAAGAGCUGGGGAAAUCAACACCGGUGGCAGCCCUUACUUGCUAGGUAUACCAAAAGGAAAUUAUUCGAUGACCAAUUUGCACAAAAUUAAAUUAUAUUGGAAUUUUGCCCUCGAAUAUAUCUUACGUAGUUAAUGUUUGUACUUUACUAUAUAAUUUUGCAUGUUGUUUUGGGUAGAAUGACUGAAAUGCCCAUGUAAAGUAGGAAUGAUAAUAAUUGGGUGAAAUUAUUUAUAUUAGUAUGACAGUGGAUGUUGAUCUGUUAAAUGGAUGUAUACAAAAUAUUAUACAAUGAAUCUAUGUUUCUGUA